CUCAAUCUCGACUCCGCUUCUCAAUCUUGCUCAAGGCUUCCUCGAACACAAUCUGAUAUCAGAUCACCCACAACCCCGCCACCCAGCUUCCAGCCUCUCCUCCACCAGACAAUAUCCUCACCCACAUCUUCACAAUAAUCAACAUGUUCGCCACCAGAGCCCUUCGACAGGCCGCUGUCCACGCCGAGCGGACUCCCAUGAUCCGAUUUCUCGGCCCCCGAACCAUUCCUUCUUCCAUCGACCACACUCCUCAGCCUCACCCCGCCUCUCCCUCAGGCAAGCUUCCCGAGGGCUUCACGGCGUACUACGGCAACGGCGAUGCGGCUGCCCGGCACAACUCCUUCGGCGCCUACCGUGACCACGCCCAGCAGCACGGCCCCCUCCAGAAGACCAUUGGCGGUGGUGAUGCCGGCAUUGGCGGCUCCUCUGGCCACCAGCUCGGCUCUAUCCUCCCUCCCAAGGGCGUUGCCUUUGACGUCUCCGAGCUGCCUGCCCGCUUCCGCCGCCGCCCCAUUGAUCUGAGCGAGAUCGAGGCCAUCGAGUCUGGUGGCGCAGCCCUGAUUUAAAUGCAACACUGCCGCGCGGAUGGCAGGUGAAAAAGAUGGAUUUCAACAAGCAUAAUGAGAACUAUGAGGGGAACAUCGGAUGAUGACCUCUUUGGCGGCGAUUUGACUUUUACAACAAC